CAGAUUCAAGCUGAACUGCUGCUUGCUGGUUGAUUUGGUGUUGAAAAGAUCCACACUUUAGUCUCAUGGCAUCAUCGUCAGUGUCCCUUUCCUUCUCUUCUUCUCUGGUCUCCUCUGCUCUUCCACGUCCAGAAACCAUCUCCAAGGCCAAACCCCAUCUCCCAAACUCCAUCAUUGUUUCAUCAGCACUCGCCGGCGGUGCUGUUUCAGAUAAGAAGAAGCAAAAAUUCUGGAAAGAAGGAGAAUACCCAGGCUUAUCACGCCAUUCUAUUCCCGGGUCUUCGAGGAACCCACCCCUCAAGAACCUGAAGAAGAAACUCGACCGCAAGAACAACGCCAAGGCCUGGGUCUCCACCGUCACCGAGACCUUGUCCGAAUGCAUCCUCAAGAAGCAGUGGCUUCAAGCUCUCGAGGUGUUUGAGAUGCUUAGAGAACAACCCUUUUAUCAACCGAAAGAAGGCACCUAUAUGAAACUUCUUGUCCUUUUAGGGAAAUCCGGGCAACCCUACCGUGCACGCCAGUUGUUUGAUGAAAUGAUUGAAGAAGGAUGUGAACCGACUCCCGAGCUUUACACUGCGUUGCUCGCGGCUUAUUGUCGGAACGAUCUUGUUGACGAGGCAUUCUCAACGCUUGAUCGAAUGAAAACGCUUCCUACUUGCCAGCCUGAUGUGUUCACUUACAGUACCUUGAUUAAGGCGUGUGUCGAUGCCUCCCGAUUCGACUUGGUCGAGUCUCUGUAUGGGGAAAUGGAUGAGCGGUUGAUUAUGCCAAAUACGGUUACUCAGAACAUAGUGUUAAGUGGAUAUGGUAAGGCUGGGAAAUUUGAUCAGAUGGAGAAAGUGUUAUCUGGCAUGUUGGAGAGCUCGGCAUGCAAGCCUGAUGUAUGGACAAUGAACAUUAUCCUCAGUGUGUUUGGUAACAAGGGGCAGAUUGAUAUGAUGGAGAGAUGGUACGAGAAAUUCCGGAAUUUCGGAAUUGAGCCGGAAACACGCUCUUUCAAUAUCUUGAUCGGUGCUUACGGGAAGAAAAGAAUGUACGAUAAAAUGUCAUCCGUGAUGGAAUACAUGCGUAAGCUUCAAUUUCCAUGGACAACCUCUACUUACAACAAUGUCAUCGAGGCAUUUGCGGAUGCUGGGGAUGCGAAACACAUGGAGUACACAUUCGACCAAAUGCGUGGUGAAGGGAUGAAAGCAGACACCAAGACCUUUUGCUGCCUAAUCAAUGGAUAUGCCAAUGCUGGUCUCUUUCAUAAAGUUAUUAGCACUGUUCGGUUGGCUGCCAAGUUUGAGAUACCCGAAAAUACCUCAUUCUACAAUGCCGUAAUAUCUGCGUGCGCGAAGGCAGAAGAUUUGAUGGAAAUGGAGAGAGUUUUUAAUCGAAUGAAAGAUAAGCAAUGCCAACCGAACGAGUUAACCUUCUCCAUUUUAAUGGAUGCAUAUAGAAAGGAAGAUAUGAACGACAAGAUCUUUGAUUUGGAGCUACUAAAACAGGAGUUGCUUAAUAAUGGUUGCCUACAACCUCAGUAGAACACUUUGAUGGAACCAAUAGCGGUGCUGCUGUAUUUUGUCCAUGACCGAGUCAGAGAAGCGUAACUGAUCCUUUUAUGCGAUCGCAAUCUUUAUGAAUUCAGUCACUGAUCGAUCAGCCGCUGCAUUUGCUUUCCAGAAUGGAUGGUUUGAUUACUGCCUCCCCUAUUUGUUUUCUGCGACUGAAAUCAUUUGGGUUCAUUGAUGUUUAGAUGGAAGCUUGCAGGUAUCUUUAUUUUUUGUACAAAGUUAUCAUAAAUAGUGGUAACUAUGGACUUUAGGAGAUGGUUUAAGUUGCUUAAAAUAUGUCAGCUUGAAUUUGUGGAAUCUCA